AUGACCUGUGUCAACGUGGUGUAUCUGUUCGGCAUUGAACGCGAUACCACAAGCCUAUCGACUAUGGCAUCUCCAUUUGGCCACACUCCCAGACCUCAAAGAGUCCUGAUUAUUGGUGGUUGCUAUGCUGGUCUUGCUGCUGCGACGAACCUACUCGACCUGUGCGAGGGCAGGGCACCACGAUUUGCACCCACAUCAGAGAUUCUAAAACGAGACGUGCCAAUCGACAUCACCAUCGUGGACGAAAGAGACGGCUUCUACCAUGUCAUCGGCUCGCCCUUAGCUCUGGCAAGCAGUGAUUAUGCAGCCAAAGCAUGGGUCAAAUUCUCAGAUGUGCCUGGUCUUCAACAUCCUUCGUUCAGCUUCAUACAUGGAAGUGUUGAGAAGGUCGAUAUCAACACCAAGACUGCCGUCAUUAGACGGAAAGACAGUUCGAGCCCGGUCGAUCAGGAAUACGACUAUCUCAUAGCAGCUUCUGGGCUGAGACGGGCCUGGCCAGUCGUGCCGCAGAGUCUCUCGCGAAACACCUAUCUACCAGAAGCUCAGACCCAUAUCGAUUCCGUGAUGAAUGCCAGAAAUGGUGUUGUGGUCAUUGGUGGGGGUGCAGUCGGCAUUGAGAUGGCUGCUGAACUCAAGCUUGUCAACCCAGCACUUGAGGUUACCCUCAUUCAUUCUCGCGAUCGUCUUCUCUCUUCCGAACCAUUACCAGAUGACUUCAAGGACGAGACACUGUCUGUCCUACGCAGCACUGGCGUUCAGGUUGUGACUGGUCAGAGAGUGAAGGACAUAUCCGAACCCGACUCAGAAACGGUCAUUUCACUCACACUUUCGAAUGGCGAUAUUGUCCGAACAUCUCAUGUCAUCAACGCCAUAUCCCGAUCUGUUCCAACCACGACGUACCUCCCUCCUUCAACAGUCGACUCCGAGGGAUUUGUGAAAGUCAAACCAUCACUUCACUUCCUCAACGGCGACGACUACCAUCUUGCUGCGGGUGACAUAGCACUCUGGUCAGGCAUCAAACGUUGCGGGGCAGCCAUGCACAUGGGAGGUUUCUGCGCUUACAAUAUCCACCAGCACAUCAUAUCACAGCUUCCUCCCACUAGACCAUCAUCACCCUAUGCACGCCGAUCGUCUGAUUCUUUUAACGACAUUCCCUCGCCCGCAUACGAACCAGUAUACAAAGAGCUCGCCGAGCAUCCAGCUGUAAUCGGACUGGCAAUUGGUUCGACGGGAACUUCAUACAGCCCGACUGAGGGAACAAAGUCCGGGCCCGAAGUGCUGAAGUACAUGUUCGGCGAUGAUUUGGGCUUCAGUAACUGUUACAAUUACAUGAAACUUGGCGAAGCGCCUUGGUCGAUGGUUGAGAAAGUCGCAACUGCGCCGACCGACGUCCCGACAAUGGAUGAAGGGGCAAAAAUUGAGGAAGAGGAGCAGUCGACGCCUACUCUGUCUGCUACUUCGACGGAAUCACCUGUAGUUGAACCGCAGACACCAGUUGAUGCUGUUGGUAAUGCAGAGAUAACCAAUUUUGAGGUUCUUGGAGACGAGGGUGCUGGUACACGGAAGGUAGACAUUGACAGCAUCGUGACUGAGAUCGCGCAAGCCUCGAUUGCUAACCGGAGGCACAAGAAUAUUGACUCCGGGGACCUUGACAUCCAGCCUGUGCAAGUCGCCACAGCAUGA